AUGUAUGGGCUAAAAAGAAUAUUCCAUAAUCUUCCACUUCAUCUCCCAAAUGGGCUCACAAAUGAGCCUAGAGGCUUGGGAUGGAUCAUCAUUGACAGCCUGGACCCAAUGACGCUCAUGAACCGCACUUCUCGCCUUGGGAAUGCUCAGACGUUUGAUCCAAUAAAAUCUCACACGACAAGUCGUAUACUGGGGAGGGUCUCCUAUGUCUCUUCUCCGCAAGACUCUGUUUAUUUGUCCAAUGCAAUUGACCUGGCUGAUCGACUUCUCGAUGCAUAUGAAUUCCCAUCUGGGAUUCCGUACGCAGGUAUCGAACUGCGAACAAAGAAUGGGAUCCGUUCGCAUGCUGAUGGUGGAGCAUCGUCGAUGACAGAAGUGACUACUCUCCAAUUGGAGAUGAAAUACCUUGCUAACUUCACUGGUAAUGAAUUGUACUGGCUCAAAGCGGAGAAAGUAGAUCAAAUCCUUGAUGACAAUGUCAUGGGGGAUGGCCUUCAUCCUAUCUUCGUAGAUCCAGAAAGUGACGACCACUUCACUACACCAACUGAUAUCAUGGGCAGAAUAUAUUAUACAACAAUAUCUACAAACAUCUGA